AUGAAUGAUGAGUUGGAGCUGGACGGCAACUGGACCGUGGGGAAUGUCGCUCGAAAGAGGAAACGUCUCAAAACUGCGAAAGUUGAAGCUGGCCAGCUGGAUGAGUCCACUCCCGAACCCAAGAAGCGGAAACGCAAGGGGGGCAAAGUCUUGGAGGCCGUGCUGGCGUCUGAGCUGCCACCAAUCGGCAAAGUGUCCUUGAAGAAAUGGGCCAUGACCCGGAUCUCCACUGCCUGGGUGGCAGAGGCCAAGAGUAAGAAGCUCUCGCCUCUGGAAGUGAAAGAGCUCCGGCCUCACAGUUGGUGGUUUUUGCCCUGUCCACCACAGCUGGCUGUGCAGCAACUGCCAGACUGGGCUGCUAAGGCAAAGUGUACACAAGUGCAGAAACUGGGUUGCACGUCGCCCUUCGAUGGCAGCAUUUCUGCAUUGCUCGUGUGUAGCUCCACCGAUCGAGUCUUCGCAGUGAAGGCAGAUUGGGAUGCAGCCUAUCCUGCCUGUCCUGCAGUGCCGUUGGCUGCCCAUGGCGGCGGUCGAAAGAAGGACCAGGUCACACGGCAGGCCAAAAUUCUGCAAAAGGGCACAUCCCUGGCCAUUGCUACGCCAGCGCGGGUGCUGCGAUUAAAGGAGGAGGGCCAUUUAGAUCUCGCGAAGAUCGGUGUGGUCCUGGUAGAUCUGGCGAAAGACAUGAAGCAGCGCGAUGUCUUGACGCUGCAGGACACGCGCUCGGAUUUCUUCAAGUUCCUCCGCGAAAUCCAAGCGUUGCUUCCCAAGGCAGUCAAGGUUCCGAAGGGCCUCGCCUUGCUGCUGUGCGGGCUGAGAGUCAUGAUGGCUUAUCACCACUUAUUCAAGGGAACUGCCAAGUAUGCCGUUGGAAAAGGUUGCACCUUGCUGGGAGUUCUCAUCAUCCUGUCAACACGAUUCCUAAAGUGGCAGUUGGCAUCUUGGGCUUCAGGGGUUCCAGGGCGACUGCUGGGCAAGGACGCAGCAUGGCUCGCCGCCGACACCGCAAAGUUUGUGGUGGCCGACCUUCCGCCAGUUCUGGUGGGUCGAACGGCUGACCUGAGCCGCGCUUUGCUUCACGUCCGCCUGCAAGAUGUGGUGAAUGACCCCAAGCACUCGGCAGCCUUGGCCACGCAUAAAGCCUUAGACCUCAUGGGAGGCGGCUUUGUGAAGAUGGCGCAAGUGGUGGCGCAUUCACCGGCGCUCUUUCCAGACGCCUUUGUACGCGCUUGUCGAGGUAGUCUUGCACAGGCUGUGACACCCCCUGCCCCCAUGGAUGAUAUCGAGCGCAUCCUGCUAGAGGACCUGGGCUUGAAAGUCACGGAUCUCUUUGAGAACUUUGAGGAAGAGCCCAUUGCAUCAGCCUCCAUUGCUCAGGUUCAUGCUGCGCGUCUUCGUUCUGGUGAGCAUUGUGUCGUGAAGGUUUUACGGCCACGCGUUCGGGAGCGUUUGAGUGUGGACUUCGCUGCCGCGACGCUGUUGGCCCGUUUCGCCGAUUUGGUCCUGGGGGAGGAUGUGGUUCUCCAAUUAGUCAGUGCUUCUCUGACGGCCUGCGUGGAGGAGCUGCGAACAGCUGUGAUGGCAGAGUGUGAUCUGUCCGUGGAGAGGCAGAAUAUUGAGGACUUCAGAAACUGGCUUGACACCUCGGUGACACUCCGCCGUGCGCGCUUGCACGACACCGUGCGUGUGCCGCGCACCUUCUCGGAAGCCUCCGCAUCGCGAGUGCUCACCAUGGAGCGAAUUGAAGGGGUGCCCUUCAGCGACAUUUGCGCCAACCCCCAGUGUGAGGCCCCGGAGCAGUGGCAAAAGUCGCUGACCUCGGCGCUCUCGGUGGCGGCUCUGUCGGUGAUCGACGGCACGGCCAUCUUCCAUGCAGACCUGCACUGUGGCAACAUGAUUGCAGUACCAGGUGAGACCGGAGCUUGUGAACGGGUGGCCUUUAUUGACUUCGGCUGCUGUGGCCGCUUGCCGGCGCCUCUGAGGGGCACCUUGUUGAUGCAAGCCUCCGCCUUCGCUGGAUCAAGGCCAGAUGUGAGGCAAUUCUGCGAGGGCUUUGCACAUGCUUUGCAGCGGAUUCCUGAACUUGGCGUCCCCGGACAGGCCUUGGAUGUAGAUGCUUUGGCAGAAGACAUGAAGCCGGUCUUGGCGGAGCUGCAAAGGUUGAAUCCAUUCAGAGGACGUUCGGAUCCCAUGAGCCCUGCGUUGCAUAUGGAACUCUUCCGGCUUCAAGGUGUGUUGUGCCGCCAUGGCGUGCAGUUGCCACGAGAAUUCGCGCUUCUGAUCAAGACUGGUUGCUUCGGAGCACUUUACUUCUCGUUGUUGGAUGAGCAACAUCGAAGAAGGCUCUUCUCCCAACUGAUGAUCGCCGGAGCUGCGUUUGCUGCUUCCAAUCCCAAGGAUGCGAGGCAGUUGCUGCGGCCCGCCAAACUCGCGGCGUUGCUAUCCGCGUUACAGAGCAGCGACAGGAGUUUGGCCUUUGAUCGGUUGAAACCGGUGAUGCUGUUGGCAGCAUGCAUCGCACUUACUGUACCUCUGCUGGCACGCCAGAUGUAG